AUGGGAGCGGCUGAGGCUGGCACGGCGUCCUCCACAAUUUCCCCACAGCGUGGGUCUUCAGCCGUCAGCCUUGAGCUUAACUCGACGUACCCGAACAUGCCUCGGUCGCGGUCGAGAGUGGAGCGCAACGACCCCCCGCCACGGCGCAAGUCCUGCCAUGCCUGUGUAAAGGCGAAGCGAAGAUGCGACCAGAGGCAGCCGGCUUGCAUCCGAUGUUCCCAGAGGGGGAUUGCUUGUCAUUACCCAGCCCGAGCAGCCCGGUCUGAAGCGCCAUCAACUGAUCCACUGCCCGCGACACCGACAGCCCUGGGAUCGGAUUUCCUCUCGCAUGUCGCCGAUGUAGACGAUACUGUUAUUAGUUUGCUCGACCCGGUUCAUGAGACAGAAGCCCUCGGCCAAUUGUGGCCCAGCCAGAAGGCACCAUGUCUGCAGCAUCCAGAGCUGCCUUGGACCUCAGCAGAAGGCCUCAACGAGUCAACACAGCUCGCACAACCCCCGAGCUUGGCACUCGCUCUAGAUGAUCGCGAAAUAUUUGGAAGUGAAGCUGUGGACUCCAACCUUUUCUUUGAUUUCACGGACAGCACGCCGACGGGUGUGGACAUUGCACUGAGAACACCACUUGGAGUUACUGCACCGAAACGGAUGGACCUGGCAGCUCUCCACACUGCUCUGGAGACCAACUUCUCGGAAAAUAUGCCUCGGGUGAUUCAGGACGCCAUCUCUGCGUGCGCGCUGCACGCAUCCAAAAACACAGUCAACGCGCGCGUUGUCCUGCGUUGCAUUGAUACCAAGGUGGAUGAUCUCCUGGCCUCCCCGUCACAACCAGGGCCUCUCGACGCCCUAGCACGCACUCAAGCCCUACUUCUCUACCAGACCAUCCGCUUCUUUGACGGCGAUAUAAUAGCUCGAUCAUCGGCCGACGCAACGUUCGGCGAGCUGGAGUCCUCGAUCCACUCCCUCCACGAUCACAUUUCAUGGGAUGCCACCGAUCCAGUGGAGAGUCUCACGGGGGGUCCCGACAGUUUGUCUCUGUUGCCGCCUUCACGGGAGUUCUGGAAGGCGUGGAUAUUCCAGGAGUCCGCGCGGCGCACAUUCCUCGUCGCCUCCUUCUUCGUGCACAUAUGGAAAAUGCUCACUGGGCGGCCGCCGGCCAGGCGUUGCGGCGACCAAGAACUCCUGCGCCAGUGCUGGACGCUGUCGGCACAUCUCUGGGAGGCAGGGGACGCUGUCGAAUUCGCGGCUGCUUGGCGUGAUAGGAAACACUAUGUUGUUCGCAGGGGUGCUGUGAGGAGUACCUUGCGAGAUGCCGAAGCGGGUGAUUUCGAGUCGUUCGGGAAGAUGUUGCUAACUUCUGCUCUGGGUAUUGAUGAGACGAAGGCGUGCUUUCGAAUAAGCUUUGGCACGGAUGCAACCGGCCCACCCGUUCAAGCGAGAUUCUUGAAAUUCCGGUUUCCUUUCCUCCUCUGCCCUCGCCUGGAGCUGGCCGGCUCGGUGAUGGCGCCGCCCCUGAUAGGAGGCCUUGCGUCACGCGCGGACAACGGCAUGAGCUUGGGAUCUGGACAUGGCCUCCGCCUCGAAGAGACUCUUCCUGGGAGCAUUGCGAGCGUGCUGACUUCGCUUGUGACUACGAGCGUUGUGUUCCACUUCUUCGGUGGGUUAGACCGGAUAGAAAGGCGGCUCAAUAAGCUGUGGCUGAGACUGGCUACAGGGCAACGAUAUCAACAAAUAUCGCAAUGGCGUAAUGUGUCUUACACUGACUGUCUGAUACUCGCCCUUUUCACCGACUCGUGGCUGUUUUCUGCCACCUCCUCAGUGCUUCAAUUCGGUGGCUUCGACCUGAAUACCGACGCUCACGCCUGUAAAGCCGCUUCAUACGUUUGCGUAAUUGGCUAUUUCAUCAGCAAGCUGAUCUAUCUUCUCCUCGUGGAGCGCCUUUGGGUGAUAAGAGGCUGUGGGCGUGGUCGACUCAAGUCCAAGCUCUACCUCUUCAACCUUGCCGCUGUGUUGGUGUGCUACGUCGCUUGGCUUCCAGUUUAUGUUGUCUUCCACAUUAGCCACGACAAUUCCGGCAUUUGUAUUAUCGGAAUACGCCAGCAAUUCCUUGCUGCAGCUUUUGCGUGUGAUAUUGUGAUCAACCUAUGGCUCACAUGGUGGUUCCUAUAUCCAUUAAUCAAAUUGAAGCCAGCAGGAACGAAUAGAAUAAAAGCAAUAGCCUGUCCCAGACGAGCCGGCCAGGACACAGAUCAUAGUGUCAAGCGCCUCUAUAACCUUGCGCGACGGACAUUCCUCGGUUCAGUAAUAGCGUUGACGGCGACCUCACUGAACCUGGGUUUAUCAAUUGCCUAUGAUGGACAAGCCGCGUGGCUGUGUCUCAUGCUCUGCAGGAUCGAUGUCUUCAUUUGCGCUGCCGUUGUCAAUUGGAUCACUCAAAAGGAACCCGCUACACCAGAUUAUCGAGAUAAACCUUGGGGCGUGCCAAAAUCUCGCGGAACUGGAUUUACGACUCUCGUAGGGAAUCCGUCUAUUCCAGGGCACCCGCACGUAAGGAGCUUCGAAGGUGUGGUAGGAGAUGCUCACCCGGGCAGCCUCGUGCCUGGGAGUGUUGCAGCAGGGCAUACGGGUUAG